UUCUCUUUCUUUCUCUUACACCUUUUAUUGUUUAUUUAUAAUAUCAUGGCCACUACGACCAGUUUGCCAUGUCAAAGUAUUGCAAGAUGUUAUGCUGACGUUAAUACCAAGAUGCCCGAAUCCUAUUGGGAUUAUGAUAAUCUUCAAGUACAAUGGGGAUCUCAAGAUAGUUAUGAAAUCAUUCGCAAGGUGGGAAGGGGAAAGUACUCUGAGGUAUUUGAAGGCAUCAACAUCACAAAUAACGAAAAAUGUGUCAUCAAAGUCUUAAAACCCGUCAAGAAAAAGAAAAUCAAACGGGAAAUCAAGAUCCUUCAAAACUUGGCCGGGGGUACUAAUGUAAUCGGGUUAUAUGAUAUUGUACGGGAUCCAUUGUCAAAAACGCCAGCUCUUAUUUUUGAAUAUGUCAACAAUACUGAUUUCAAGCUAUUGUACCCUAGAUUUACUGACUUUGACAUUCGAUUCUAUAUGUACGAACUACUUAAGGCUUUGGAUUUCUGUCACUCAAAAGGUAUCAUGCAUCGCGAUGUGAAGCCUCACAAUGUUAUGAUCGAUCACGAGAAACGUCAGUUACGAUUGAUUGAUUGGGGUUUGGCUGAAUUUUAUCAUCCUGGUACUGAAUAUAACGUUCGUGUGGCAUCAAGAUAUUUCAAGGGACCUGAAUUAUUGGUGGAUUUUCAAGAAUAUGAUUACAGUUUAGAUUUGUGGAGUUAUGGUUGUAUGUUUGCAAGCAUGAUUUUCCGCAAAGAACCUUUCUUCCAUGGACAUGACAAUUAUGAUCAAUUGGUUAAGAUUGCAAAAGUACUUGGAACAGAUGAAUUAUUCGCAUAUUUGGACAAAUACGACAUUGAAUUAGAUCAACAAUAUCAUGAUAUUCUUGGAAGAUAUCCUCGCAAACCAUGGUCGAAAUUUAUCAACAGUGAAAACCAUCGUUAUGUAUCAGACGAAGCCAUUGACUUUUUGGAUACCUUACUUCGCUAUGAUCAUCAAGAGAGGCCAACUGCCCAGGAAGCCAUGAAUCAUAAAUACUUUAUUCCCGUAGUAAAUCAAGCAGAAAAACUUGAAUCAUCACCAUAGUAUAGUAUUUCUUUUUUUUUCUUAUUAUUAUUAUUAUUAUUUUAUAUUUUUAUUUAUCUUUCUUUACUUUUAUUUCUCAGUAAACUUCAUAUUCAUUAUAUUA